AUGGCUGAAGAAGUUAGAAAACUGCUAAGUAAUGAUCAAAGUCUCAAUAGGGUCGCCAAAAACUCGUUUGAUGCAAUGGACUCGGACAAAUCUGGAUUUAUUGACCAGGAAGAGCUUUACAAUGUUAUGGUCAACGCUGCAAGGUCCAUUAACGCGCCUCAACCAACAAUGGAGCAAGCAAAUAACGCUCUUCAAGAAAUCGACAGAAACAAGGAUGGAAAAGUGUCACUCAGUGAAUUCGUACAACUAUUAAGAAGAGUCCUUGAAGAGAUGCUAGACCAGCUUGAAUCUGUCGAAAUGCAAAGGAAAAAAGAAGCAGAAAUCGAAGAACAAGUUAACAGACAGCUUCAUAUGUUUGAAAAAUACCUUGACGACAGCGGCCUUGCCAUGGCUUUUCAGCUAAUAUUCGCAGAAAUACUGACUAAAAAAAUCGACGCAAAUAAUGUGUUCACUUAUACAGCAAUGAGACUUCGGCAGAUCGGUAAAGAAAUCGCUCAUUUAUUACCAAAGGACUUAACAUCUCAAUUGGCAGAAUAA